GAACUUCUCCAUCUAAUCCUCCUUUCAAUGCUUGGAGUCGCCUGGAGCAGAAAUGUCCUCCGCCUAAGUCGUCCACAGGGGCGGAUCUACCCUUACAAAAUUUACUUCCCUUACAAUUAUUUCCAAAUUUACUACUUUCUCCUUGGCGUUUGCGGAAACCGAGAAGCAGGAGCAAUUGAACCGCCAAAGUGCCGAACACUGGAAGUGGAAUCCGAACAGGAGCACCCGCUGCACCGCCGUCGCGCGUCCGCCGCGUCGCCGCCAGUCCGCCACAUCUUCGAAUCCUUCCAUUGAGUAUCACACAACCGUAGAAUCGCACAAGCAUCCAGAAGUCCCCCUCAACACAUGAUUCUGGACUAUCUGUACAUUCACUAGCUUAAGAAAUAGAUUUAAGUGAGACCAAAAUGAUCGGCUUGCCAAGUUCGGGUUUCUGCUUAACUGUGAUGUGGGUACCUACCCCUUCCUGUAUCAAGAAGAAUCAAAGCAUCAAUCUUGCCAUUUCCUCGCGAUCAAUGCCCACCAAGAUUGAAGCUACUAAGAGAAGUUGCGAAUGCUAUGACAUGCAUAAAGAGCAUGUACCAUAUGCUCAGGCCUGGGAUCUACAGAAGUCUAUUGUCACUGAACGAAAAGCAUUGGUCCAAAGAAAUGAAGAUUCUGCAGACAAUCUGAUUGUGUUGCAGCACCAUCCAGUGUAUACUCUUGGGACUGGCGGGUCUGAAGACUACUUGCAUUUCGAUACCAAAAAUGCUCCUUUCGAUGUGUACCGAACUGAGCGUGGGGGUGAGGUUACCUAUCACGGCCCCGGUCAGAUAGUGAUGUACCCUAUUAUGAACCUUCGUUAUCAAAAGAUGGACCUUCAUUGGUACCUCAGGACACUUGAAGAGGUGAUAAUCAGGGCUCUUUCCUCGUCUUUUUCCAUCAAAGCUUCACGCAUUGAUGGCUUGACUGGUGUUUGGAUUGGAGAUGAGAAACUGGCUGCGAUUGGUGUUAAGGUUUCUCAAUGGAUAACGUUCCAUGGAUUAGCACUUAAUGUCACAACAGACUUAGCUGCCUUUCAACACAUUGUGCCGUGUGGAAUCAAAGGUCGCCGAGUUGGUAGCAUAAAGGAGAUUCUUCUGAGUGAAUCUUCUUUCUCUAACUCAUCUUGCAAUAAAAUUGGUGAUGAUCUUCAGCUAAUGGAGCUUGCUCAUAAGUCACUUGUUCAAGAGUUUUGUGAACUUUUCCAGGUUGAUAUUUUUAUAAAUAAUGAUAAUUAUAAUACUCAUAAUUCAUUUUGGGAAGGCUAAUUCUUAACAUUUUUGCAAUUCAAUGCAAUGUUUCAAAGUGGUUAUUUUCUCAGAGAUUGCUAAUAAGUGUAUCAUUGUUUAUUUUAUUGUUCUAUUCCCUUACAGUUAUGGAUUGAUUGGUCCUGUAGGCAGUCCCUAUUUGCCGAUCUCAAAUCUUCAUUUAAUAGAAGCGAACUCAAAGU